AUGGUAUAUGGUUAUGAUAUUCAGAGUAGAUUAACUUAUUAUAGAUUGCUAGAUGACCUAUAUCUAAGUAAGAAUAGUAAGUGGCGUCGUGUCACCUCUCAGACUGCACCUGUUGGCGAAACUCUACAAGAUACAUUAAAGUUAGCCAACGAAAACAAUAGUGAAGUUAGUGAUGAUGUUGAUGUACCACUUGUCUUGACAAACCUAACUAUCGAAUACAACAGAGGUUACACAUUCAUCAGAAAAGGAAGAGAUGAUGCCGAGAGAGAAAGAUAUCAAUUGGAAUUGGAACAAGGUCAAAACCAACAACAACAAGAUACUACUCCCACUACACCUUUGGAGGAUGUAACAUCACCAAUCAUCACAAUAGAUAAUGAUAAUGAAAAUGAAGGUGGCGAUUCAUUAUUAUUACCAUCGGGAUCCUACAGUAAAGUGACAGAGUCGACCACUGGAUUCAUACCGAGAAGGAUAUCUUCGUAUGCCAUCAUUAGGAAUGCAAUCAGUGGAUAUCAAUUGCUGACAGAUAAAUUCAACCUAACGAGAAACCUAAUGAAUUCAAAUUACUUGGUUCCAUGUAUAUUGAUCGAACGCUCACAAAUCAUAGAUGCCUAUCAAAUCGAUAUUGAGAAAGCAAAAUUAGAAAAAGAUAAAGUGUGGUUUUUAAAAGAUCCAUUAUUAAAUAAAUCACAAGGAAUUGAACUAUUCAAUUCUAUCGACGAUGCACUUGCACAUUGUAAUCCAAAGAAACGUUAUAUUCUACAAAGAGAAAUCAUACCAUCGUUAAUCAACAACUUUAAAUUCGAUGUAAGAAUCAAUGUUUUAUUCGUAUUCACAGCAACUUCAAAAAGAUUAUAUAUGUUCAAUGAAGGUGUAAUUAGAUGUACAAAUACAAAAUAUAAAGAUGGUAGUUUGGAUAAGCAACAACAGUUUACGAAUUUCUGUUAUCAGCUGUCUUUGAAUCCAGAGUUUGAUAAUAUAAUGCCGUUGAGCGAGUGGGAUAGAGAUGGCAGUCGAUUCAAAGAGUUGGAGGGUGCAGUACUGGAUGUCUUCAAACCGUUUUGGUCGAGACUCAAUUUUUUGAAACACUCUGGAUUCACACUGCUUGGAUUGGAUUUCAUAUUCGAUCGUGAUGACAAACCCUAUUUGCUAGAGGUCAACUACUCACCAUCGAUGUUCAUCCAAAGCCACGAGAAAGUAGCAUCCAUUUGUCGCCGUGCAAUUUCACAACUUCCAUACAUCACUUUGGAACCGCUCCUCGAAGGCAAACCAUAUGCAACCGACACCGAUUGGAAUCUAAUUCGCUCAGAAAUCGAUAACUCAGAAAACAACAACAAUAAUGUUGAUGAGGAUUUUGAUCUUUUCAAUUGA